AUGGACCUAAGCAAGCUUCUCGUAAAUGUUGAAGUUUGCUUAAAACCUUCAAGCACAGCUCGGCCUGAUGAUGUCCAAAAAGUCGUUGAACAAAAGCUUGAAAAGAGAAGCCUGAGCUACAUUGAUGGUCCCAUACCUGUUCCUAACGAUGAUCAAUUUCUCAUGGAAAAUGUAUACAGAAUCUGUAUUUGUGACACAGAUGAAUGGGUUAAAAGCCAUGAUAUUCUUUUGUUCUGGCAAGUGAAACAUGUUGGUCAUGUCUUUCAGCUUAGUGAGGAGGGACCAUGUGAGGAAUUAACUGUGGAUGGCCAGUUGUAUAGCUUCAAUGAAUGGAUCCUACCAGCUAAGGAAUUUGAUGGCAUGUGGGAAAGCUUAAUCUAUGAAUCUGGCCUAAAGCAGCGUUUAUUGCGUUAUGCAGCCAGUGCAUUACUUUUCACUGAAAAGGGUGUUGAUCCUUUCCUUGUGUCAUGGAAUCGCAUUAUUCUUUUACAUGGGCCUCCAGGGACAAGAAAGACAUCUUUAUGCAAAGCACUGGCACAAAAAUUAUCCAUUAGAUUCAGCUCCAAAUAUCCACAGUGCCAAUUAAUCGAAGUUAAUGCACAUUCAUUGCUUAGUAAAUGGUUUUCUGAGAGUGGCAAGUUGGUUGCAAAGCUUUUCCAAAAAAAUCAAGAAAUGGUGGAGGAAGAACACAAUCUGGUAUUUGUUCUAAUUGAUGAAGUUGAAAGUCUUGCUGCUGCUAGAAAUGUUGCUUUGUCUAGUUCUGAACCUUCAGAUUCCAUUAUGGUUGUAAAUGCGCUAUUAACUCAGAUGGAUAAGCUGAAAUCAGCUCCCAAUGUUAUAAUUAUGACUACGUCCAAUAUAACUGCUGCUAUUGGUAAGCCUAUAAUCCAUUUCACAUUGGUUCCUUAUUCUGAUUUUAGUUUUAGCAGAUAUGGUUUACUUCAAAUUGCUGAUCAUCUUGAAUUUGAUGAGAGUAGAGUCUAG